AACUGCUGUUCUGUCAGCUGUCACGAAUGUUUGACGUUUAUCGCGGCCUGCUUCCUCUUUUCGUUUGUUACUGAAUCGACGAGAACAUCCAAAAUGGUGAACGUGCCCAAGCAGCGCCGUACGUACUGCAAGAAGUGCAAGGUACACAAGGUGCACAAGGUUACGCAGUACAAGAAGUCCAAGGAGCGACAGGCAUCCCAGGGUCGUCGUCGUUACGAUCGUAAACAGCAAGGUUUCGGUGGUCAAACGAAGCCCAUCUUCAGAAAGAAGGCUAAGACCACUAAGAAAAUUGUGCUCCGUAUGGAAUGCGUCGAUUGCAAGUACCGCAAACAAACCCCGCUCAAGCGCUGCAAACAUUUCGAACUUGGCGGUGACAAGAAGCGCAAGGGACAGAUGAUUCAGUUCUAAGCUGGUUAUUGAAUGUUCUGCUGUGUGGAUGAUCGCUGCAUCGGGAAUAAAAGGAGGGCCCUGUCCGGAGUGCGCUCCUAUCACCGUGUGCUAAUUUAACGGGCAGGGCCCAUGUUACUCACGAUGUGAGGAACAACUCAAAA